AUGACAUCUCAUCAAUUGGUCGAGCUCACUUGGGGACUAGCGAGUAAUAACAAGAAUUUCUUGUGGGUCGUUAGUCCUGACCUAAUUAUUAGGGGCAAUUCCGCGAUUCUUCCCCAAGAGUUUCUGGACGAGACCAAGGAGAGGGGGCUAUUGGCGAGCUGGUGCCCUCAGGAGAAAGUGGUUAAACUCCCAUCGGUUGGAGGGAGGACUGAGGUUGAGAGGCUUGUUGGGGAGUUGAUGGAUGGAGAGAAAGGGAAAGAGGUGAAGAAAAGAGCCUUGGACUGGAAAAAAUUGGCAGAGGAGGCAACUGAAGAUGAGAUUGGGCAGGCUUAUCUGAACUUGGAAGAUAUGAUCAGUAAGGUUCUAUUGAGUUCCGAGGAGAAGACAAAUUGA